AAAUGAGUGAUAAGCCAGACAUUUCCGAAGUGGAGAAGUUUGACAGAUCAAAACUGAAGAAAACUAAUACUGAGGAAAAAAACACUCUUCCUUCAAAGGAAACUAUCCAGCAGGAGAAAGAGUGUGUUCAAACAUCCUAA